AUGGGUAGACUGUCGCUGUCAUCGUCAUCCGUCUCUCCUUGUCUUGUCGAUUAUGAGCCUGAGGAUUCCCAGUCACAAUUAUCACGGCUUCUUCUGCACAAGCCUCCGGAGCCGGCUCCUCGAGUGGUCAUGGCUCCGAUAUCACCACCAUCAUCUUCCGAAGCUAGCCCACUUGCCUGUCCUGCUGAGACGUCACUUGCUUUACCUAUCAUGAGUGCUAACAUUAGCAUAAUCUGUUGCCAAGAAACUGUAUCCUCUCAUGAGGAUAUUAGGGCAAAUAUUUCCAACUUACCCAGUGGGCCUCACUUAAAUAGCAACACUAUUGAUGGGCUAAAGAUUGUCUCAUCAAACGGCAGUAUUCCUACUGAGAUGUCAAAUUUUCCUUGUAUAGAAGGCAGCUCUGAAGCUCCCGUGUUGCCAUGCUCUCUAUCAGCCCAAUCAGAAUGUGUUCAGCUUCCCGAAUACCAACUUGCGCAGCCCCCAUCCUCCUUGCCGGACAGCUGCAUUUCUUAUGACGAGCAAGUGACACUUGUAUCUGAUGUCGAUCAUCAUAUCAGCAAUUCAUCCCCACCUAUAGUAUUUGGCAGUCCCAGAGGCAGGAUCAGAAGGCCGGUCACGAUUCCUAGUGGAUCAGAUCAGUAA